AUGCCCGCCCGCAGGUACACCGCAGCCGCCCUCCUGGCAGCUCUCGCCCUCGCCGCCGCCGCCACCGCUGAAGACGGCGAUAAGGGAAUAUCCAAGUUGAAAAAGACCUCGAGCCUCUUCCCGCACCCACGUAUUGGUCGAUCCGAGUUCAUCAAUCAUGAAGCAGGGAACGGCGGACAGAAGCGGGCCGCGGGCCUCUUCCAGUUCCCCCGCGUCGGCCGCGCCUUCAUCGACGGGCCGCUGCCCUUCUCUCUGAGCGUGGUCGGCCCGCUGCGGCUGGCUCCGUCGAGCGACAAGGACGCUGACCCCGAAGCCGCCACCGUUGCAGAGCAGCCGUCGCCGUUUGAGGGCCACAAGCGCAAGGGCCUGGUGGCGAACGCGCGCGUCGGCCGGCGCGACGGCGCCGAAACGCCGGGGGCGGCGGCCUCGCUGUGGUUCGGGCCGCGCGUCGGCCGCGCCGGCCUCGGCCAGGACGAGACGCGCGCCGGCACCAAGCGGCGCGGCCUGCUCGCCUUCCCCAGGGUGGGCCGUGGGCAUGCCGGCUCCAGCUCCAGCUCCGGCGACGGCGACGGCGCCCGCGACAGCCUCUGGUUCGGCCCCCGCGUCGGCCGCCGGGAGCGCCGCUCUCUGCGCCUCCGCCUUCCUGCAGCUGCCUGGCUCGCGGCAGGCGACGUCGGAAACGGAAAAGGUGACUUCACUCCGAGGCUGGGCAGGGAGUCGGGAGAAGACGAGGCAACAGUGCUGCUCGUCGGAGACGGCAACGCCGCUGAGGGCUUCGACGCCCUCGCUGACGCCGACAUCGACGAAGAGGAGCGCUAGGGAACGGCCGCCAGUGCCACAUGUUGUCUAAUCUACCUGUAGUCUUCCCGCAACUGUAGUAACGACAAAUAAAUCACUUUAACUUAG